UCAUCCACCACACUAAGGCAAAUAAGAAGAGCUUCCAAGUUAGUUUUAUCUACUGCGAGAGCAGCCGACAUGGCCAUGAACAUGAAGGCCCUCGCACUAUGCAUGUUGGUCCUUGCCAUUGCUGCAGUGACCGCCCUCGGCUUCAGUAGCAAUGAAAAUGCUGUGCCCGGCAACGCGCAAUGUGGAGGCAGAAGGAAGUGCGGCGGUGGCCUCUGUUGCAGCAGGUUCGGGUACUGCGGCCUCGGCGGCGACUACUGUGGCGCCGGGUGCCAGAACGGCCCGUGCUAUAGAAUAGCCAACGUCGAUGAGAAUGAUGUGCCCAGCAACGCGCAGUGCGGAGGCAGAAGGAGGUGUGGCGGUGGCUUAUGCUGCAGCAGGUAUGGGUUCUGCGGCCUCGGCGGCGACUACUGUGGUGCCGGGUGCCAGAACGGGCCGUGCUAUAGAACAGCCAACUGCGAUGAAAAUGCCCUCCCCGCCAACGCGCAGUGCGGAGGAAGAAAGAAGUGUGGUGGCGGCCUCUGCUGCAGCAAGUACGGGUACUGCGGCCGCGGCCGUGACUACUGUGGUGUCGGGUGCCAGAGCGGCCCGUGCAGCAAAGCGGCCGACGUCCUCUCCGAUGAAAUGAUGUAGACACCGUUGUGCAUGUCGUGGUGCUCUGUGUCUGCCUAGCUCCAAUAAAAUUGCCUGAUGCCUGGAUACCUUCCUGGUCGUGGAAGGCUAAUAGUCGCCCGUUCAUAUGUGUAAUGGUACUAUGUGUGUACUGAAUAAAGAUGGACCGCAUGCAGUCAUUUGUGUUGUCAAA